AUGGCUUCUCCUUAUUCUGCGGGCCCGAAUGGUCGCGAUUGGCCUGGUUCUGCGCCGAGCUUCACUCAGCAACAUAUGCCGACACCGCCCGUUGCUUCAGAUCGUGAUGAAUGUGGCCCCCAGACACGACCCAUGGGAGUGAAGGUCCUAUACAGCCUGAAGGACAGUGCCGACAACUUGCUGGCAAGAUGGCCUCAGGUGCAACAGAUCCAAACCAUACCGCUGGACGAGACCAACUCAAUUGGAGUCAUUGACCUUCGAAUAUGCCUGCAAGCCGUCCAUCAGUGCAGUCCCGAACUUUUUGAUCAGCAGGAUCUUGAUUACACAGUGUAUGCAUUCGAUUACUCCGAGGCCGACACCCCACUGGUUGGGCAGGGCAUGCUGUCUUGGGGACUGGAAGCUCUGCGACCGAAUGAGAUGCCCAAGCUGGUUACUGGUCGCGUUACCAAGAAUCUCUUGAGUAUUUUCAGCGGCAGUCCAAAGGAGACGCUUGAGGUCAAGCUCAAGCUGGCUGCAGUGGCUAGGAGGCAAAGGACGGAUCAAAGUACAGAGUACCCCCCUCAUGAUAACGGAAUGCCAUACUACCACCAACAACAUCGGCAGUCGCAACCUCACCAGCACCAGCACCAGCACCAGCAGCAUUCGAAUAUGCCUGCUGUGUCAACACCAACAGACACUACAGAAUGGAACUCGUUUAUCCAGUCAAACCCUAACCUGGCUCGAUCAGCAAGCGCCGCUUCCAUGCAACAGCCACAACAGGCGUCUUCACGGAACAGCUACCCUCAAAUACAGAUUCCAGGGUCUCGGCCUGGGUCCGCAUCAAUCGCUCCGGCGCACGCUCCGUCUCCUGCUCCCAUCCCACAGACGAGUUGCUCAGAUUCUGCCAGGUCCAUGUCCGUUCAUGUCAUGCCGAAACAGAAUUAUCCCACUGCUCAUCAACAUCAACAGCAGCAGUACUCGCAAUCUCAGCCAUUACAACCCUCGGGUCCAAUGCAUGACGGCUCCUUUGCUGCCAGCCAUUCGAGAACAGGAACCCCAGAUGUCAAGGAAUCCACGGCGGUACCGAUACCAAAAUCCUCCAGGCCGUCAUCCCGAGCACGGUCAAGAGUCCCAACAGGCCGGCCGCGUGGGCGUCCAAAGAAGAAGCCAGUAGCUGACGGUAACACAUCUGGUCUCGAAGAUCCGACAGAUGCCGAUGACGGACCUCAAAGGAAACGAGCGAAAACGACGAUGGCUGAUUGGUCUGAGGACAGACCAUCCUUGGAUUCGACGGCAGACUCGCUACGUGUUGUUGCUGCAAUUUCUGGAUCCAUCAGGAGCAUAAGGCCUGUUGGCACGACUGGCGAGGCCGCAGGCGGGAAUCAUCUUCAGGAAGGACCCCGCGCUCCCACGCCGGUCCCUCAGGGUCCUGUCGUGAGGAAGGCUAAGCAAAGGAAGAAGCCAGUCGCAGUGCUGUCCCGUCAUGAUUCGAUUGCUAGCACAGAUGAUGCUCUGAGCUAUCCCAGCCUGCAACAUGAGUCAAGCUUUGGCAUGUCCGGCCAUCAGCGGAUGGACGCACGAUCUCCAACAGAGUCUUUGGCACCGUCUGAGCAAGUCUAUACGCCAGAGGAGAGCCCGGCGGAUCUUGGCUCGUCUCCCCCGGUCCCAAGGUCAACCGCAUUCAUAAGAUCAAGUCCCGCAGCGUCAAGCCCUGUUCUACCUCGCAUGCUCCCUAACCCUCGACAUGAUUCUGGGUUUAUGAGUGGCGGUAUUGACGGUGGUAUCGACGAUGAUGAGGCACAAACCUUGCCGCCUCAAAAACCUCGGCUGGCCCAACAGCGCGAGGCCUCACCUAAGCUCCCAAAGAUUGCGAAACCUGUCCCUAGGAAGGGCAGCAACGUACAAAGUCAAGGGUUCCCCUUUAUGGAGGAGAUACCUGGUCCGCAGGAGCUCCUUCCGCAAACCAGUAUUUAUAACCCGCCGAGAAGUCAAUCUCACAGGCUCAAACAACAGCAAGAGUCCUCAGCACCUCCCGCAGUGAAGCGUGCCAACACUGAGCCUAAAUACAGGAGGACGAGCGUUCCAGAGUUGCCCAUGGGAGGAGCUGCUCUCACACCCGCCGAUACGCCCACUGCUGCGGAUCAGCCCCUACCCUCAGUUGAAGAGCCAUCCACAAAAGUGCUAGACACUACGCACCUUCCGCGAGAGGAAGCUCGGAAGCCUUCAGAAGAUUCAUCCAAAGAGUCUGUCUUGGAGACACAGGAACAAAACCUGGAGCAAACUCUUCAGGAAGACGUCCCACAGGAAUCUUCAAAGGAAGAAGUAAUAUCUGAUGAGCAACUCCAGGCCCUGAUGGCCGCUGCGUCGGUUCCUGAGCCCGAUCUGCCUCUGAUGUUGCCCCCCAGCACAUCAACAUCUCGACCCACGACCAGCGCGACCCCUAUUCCAGACAACAAUGUGCCCCCUGUUCCAGCUAGCGACCCAGUCGGCCCUCAAACAAUGCUGACGCUUCCAUUGCCACCGAUUUCCUACUCUGAGGCCCCCUGCCCACCCAGUGAUACACUACAGGAACAGACCACCAGCAACAAAAACUACGCAAAAAAGCAGACUAUCAAGGAACGGUUGGAGCAAGCUAUUGAACAAGGCGAAAUGCCACCAUUCUGCAGCAAUUGCGGUGCAAUCGAGACCCCCACGUGGCGCAAGAUGUGGACACAGGAUCACGUUGGGUCGCCAGGGUUUCAUGACUACUCUGAGAAGCCUGGACUCGUGACAGCCAUCGAUAUUCUUGAACGGGACAAGGACGACAACCCCACCUCAUACCGACUGGUCAAGAAAUCAUUAGGCCCAGGAGAAGACAAGGCUCUGUGGAAGAAGUCUUUGAUCUGCAACCCCUGUGGUAUUUGGCUUGGAAAGUUCAAGUGCCAUCGCCCACCAGAGCAAUGGGACAAGAAUCUCGCCCGCCUGAACCAGCCACGCAGGAAGCGUGACAAAAGUGCAAGCUCCGGCAACGGUCGCUCCAAGAAGGCGCGGACCAAAAGCGACGCCCAAAUGAACCUUACGUCGGAAGCGUGCUAUAUGACGGAUCCUUUAGGACCAGGUUAUGAGCAGUUGGCGGAUGAGACCAACAGCACUUUGCAAAGCAGGCAGACCUCGAUAAAGGAGUCGCAAAACACGACAGGUUUUUUAGGGUCCCCAAACUCGAGGGGCCCGGGGUCAACACAUUCUAGGGGCAGCGGAACUGCGCAAAGCCCUAUUGCGGUUGAAGAUGACCUCGGGCCGGCUAGGAGGCUGCUCUUCCCUUCGCCGAGGAAAGAUGGAGUUCCAAAGGUCCUUGGCGAGUCCGCCAUCAACAUCGUCAAGCCUGGCCCCGAGUUUGCGUCCGCCAAGAACAGGCAAUACGGCUCGUCUCAGAUGCAGAAAACUGUGACGCCUCCCAAGAAUUCGGAUAAAGAAAUGGCGGACCUUUUCGGAACACCGCCUGUGCGCCCAUCUACACCACCUCCCAACGGCAGUAGUGGGGGUCCGUUUAAGACGCCGACCCGCCCUACACCAAGCCACCGACCGAUUACUCGCAGCGUGUCCAAGUCGAUUCGCUCGCAGCGAACAGUUACGAUGAUCUCGCCUUCUCGCGGUCUUGCCGGCUUGCAGCGCACCCCGUCUCGGACGCCAGGCCGACAACAUCUCUCUGCUCAUUUUGCGGCAGAAGACCUGGUUAUCACCGGUCUGGGCGAUUCGCCGUUCCCUGCCACUCUCUCGCAGCUUCUUUCCGAGGCAAAUGACUUCACCAACGGCUCGCCAUCGCAUGGACUGGGCGACUUGGGAGGAUUUGAUCUCAGCUCAAACCUACUUGACUUUGACAAUGUCCUCAACACCGAUAUGCCGAUGCCUAGCUCACCGCCGCUCAUCAAGGAAGGUGGCGUGAUGAACUACGAUCCAUCGUGGGACAUGACUACGUGGCCUCACAAUGAACAAGAAGAUUGUGCCAUGGCCGAGGUCGACGUUGGUCAACAUGUCUAG